AGCCUUUGGUUGUUUUGUACACAGGUUACAGCUCUAGAGAGAGAGAGAAAGAGAGAGAGAUGGAGAGAGAGGGAAGGGUGGAGGUGGAAAAAGUGGGAGGAAGGUCAACAGUGACAAGAUGCUUCUCAAAGUAUCCUCUCAAGUUCAUCAUCCCCAGAAAGGUGGGUCCCUCCAAAACUGAUGCUGUUUGGGUUUACAACCUCACCUAUGGUGGUGGUAUUGUUUCUGGAGAUUCUAUUUCAUGUGAGUUUAACAUUGGAGAUGGCUGCACCACUGUCUUAACAACCCAAGCUUCCACUAAGGGAGGAGUGCAAGAUAACGAUUUUGGAGUGCCAAUAACAUCUCGCGGAUUCAUUAUCUUCAUUCCCUUAUUCGUUUACAAGUCUGUGGGAUUCAAGUGCUGUGAACAAGUCUUGGAGGCAAGGGUUGGGAGCAAUGCCCUUUUGGCGGUCAUUCCUGAUCCUGUGACAUGUUUUUCCACGGCAAGAUACUCUCAGAAACAAGUCUUUAGGGUAGUUUCCGACUCAAGUUUGGUCAUUGUGGAUUGGAUUACCAGUGGGCGUCACGAAAGUGGAGAAAAAUGGGAUUUCGAUCUUUACAAGAGCAUCAACCACAUAUUUAUGGAAAAUGAUGAACCUCUGUUUCUGGACGCGGUGCACCUCGAGCGUGGAAAUAUCUCUUCAAUUGCUGAACGAAUGCAGGACUACCAAGUAAUUGCAAUGGUUGUACUCUUGGGGCCAAAGAUCAAGCACAUUCAGAACCUAGUUCAAGAAAACGUGAAGAGGAUCAUGUCUGACCAAUUACACAUUCCUUCCACCGCGUCAGGUCACCAAAUAAAAACAAAUUCUGAUAAUCGCUUCGCCAAACCAAGCUUUAUUGCUUCUUCAAGUGUUUUUGGUCCUAAGGGAAUCGGGGUGGUUGUUCGUGUAGCUGCUACAACAACUGAAUCAGUUUAUAAGUUCCUGCAGCAUCAAUUGGCCGGCAUGGAGCCACUACUUGGGGUAUCGCCAUAUCACUGAACCUGCGUGGAGAAUACGAAACUUCAAACACUUGGUUUUGGUCUGACACCCUGCGACCUUUGUCGGAAUCUAGCUCUUGCUUUCCUUGCCCAUCCUUUUCAACGACUCAGCGGCUCGACGGAGAUGGUUUAACUGGACGAUAAGCUUCUCGGAGUAGCUGGAGAAAAAUGCAUUGUAACCUGGAUGGUUCUUCCAAUCCAUGAUUAAAUUACAUUCCUAGUUACAAUCGUUGCGCGUUAGAGUGAAUAUUGGCUGAUUAUCCUUGACUCUUUUUGCUAAACAUUUGUUAUGCUAGAUAUCCCACAUUGGAACGCUUGUAACUACGCAACGCAAGAAUAGCUAAAGUUGACGGGCU